AUGACUUCAAGUGGUUGGCCACUCGACUCUCUCCCUCUCUCACGCUCUCUCUGUCUCUCUAUUAUUCUUUUCUUGCGGCUCGCGCGCGGCAUCAAUUCCUCGUCUACGGUGAUCUUUUCUUUUGCCAUCUGCACUACCAAUGGAGACCACGCACUGUCGUUAGAGAAUCCCUCCUCCCUCAAGGUUGCUCAGGUCUUUACGGGUGUCGGCAUCGGCGCUGGCCGACCCAUAUAUGUAGGUGUGAUACCAGCAGUUCAGAAAGUCCUGACUGCUGCUAGAGGUGCAACUGAUGCUUUUUCUGGAGUUGGGAGGCAUGUCAACUGUUCUCUAAAGAAGUUGGGCUUUAAGAACAUUGAAGUUGGUUUCAGAUGCGGGGUUGGUUUAGGCCACGGUUUUGGUGUAGGUCCUGGUCAGAGCAGCACCAAGGUGCUAAGUGGAACUCCUGUUGAAAAUGCACAACUCUCAAGUGAGAAUGUCGUGGAUUUGAAAUCUGGAAGUACUGGCAAUAGCUAUGGAUAUUCGAUGAAUGAUGAAAGACCUGCUGAAGAAGCUAGGCAUAGUCUUAAUGCAUCAAAAGAGACACCAUUAGAGAAGUCAGUUGCAAGUCGUACUGAAAAAGUUAUCAACAGUUUCUUGCAGGAUCCACUUUUCAAGGAUACUGAGGUCAAACUUGUUGAAGUGGCUGGAAACUUGCUCACAGAGAACGAUAUACUUCAAAUGCUGCUGAAGCAUCAGCUAGCGAUCGAAGAAUUGAUCGACGAGAAUCUGAAGCUGCGACAAGUACUCGUAGAGGAUUUUAAGGUUUCACCUUGCAGGCUUCAAACAAAGGAUGUCAGUAGAACAGAAGUCUAUUACCCAUGUUCUGACUGUUUCAAAUGCCGUAGAAGAAGAAGAAAGGCAGCAAGAUAGCAUUUAAAUCUUAAUAUGCACCCCAUGCCCACUCCAGCAUCAUUAUCUCACCGGGUUUGGUAGCUCAUAUCUCACAUAUUAUUACCAUCAGCUAGGAAGAUACAAAGGAAUUGCCCAGAUUCUUUAUGUUUUGAGCUUCUUAUUUAACUUUUGAAGCUUUGAUAAGAGUGUUUUCUUCUGUCAUAAAAUUGUUUCUUGCAACCAUAUUUCAAUUUUUUUUUCAUUUAGGGUCAUGAACAAAUCAAUUGGUCGAAUUGGAAAAAUCAGGAACCGGACUCUCUAACGGUCCAAUUCACUAAUUGAAUCAUUUUGAGCCCUUGAAAUGAUUGUAACAUCUUUACUUUUUAUUUGUUCUCAACGAUAUUUAAUUUUUUAAAAAUAUAUUUAAGUCUUUUUAUUGUAAGAACAAAAGAACAAAAUGUAUUAUAUUCAUUAUUCUUUCAUUGUCUCAAUGUAUUCGCUCCGUCUGUUAUCUUCUUUCACUAUAUUAUUUAAAAAUUAUUUUUUACAAUAUUAUUGAUAUGAUUUACAUUUUUAACUUAAUAUAUAUGUAUAUAUUUCACUUCUUUAAGAAAAAAAAUUUAAAUCUACAGCCUGAUCAGUUAAUCCAUCGGUUGAAUCAAUGAUUGGGUGACCCAAGGUUUACUCCGAUCAAUAGUCUUUUCCUUUGCCCUUUCUUCUCACCUUUGCAUUGUUGUAAUCGAGAGCAAUCAUAGUCAAGACAAAUUUAUGUAAGCAUUGUGGCAAAGACCAAUAAAUUAUGGUUGUAGUAUAUUGUAGCAUGUAAGAUUGAACUUUCUUAUGGGAGAACUUUUUCUCACUAGUUUGGGAUGUUGAUGUGGUUCAGCUAAUAUAUUUCUUAUAUUGUUUGUUUGUAUAUGGUCUAUGCUACUGAAAAUUUCCUGUAACAUGAAGUUAUUUUUCCCAGCAUUCUUGAUCAGUCAUUUAUAUAUGUUC